CGCAGGAGAUAUCAUCCAGCAUUUCGAGCUCUGGCCGGCCGCAACCAUGCGCAAUGAUGACACGGCAUUUCUGAGAGCAGUACGUGACCCACUCGAGCCCACUCCACUUGGAAAUGCACCAUAAGCAAACGUUUUGAGCGCCCACAAGUAUUCCCCACCAAUGUUUGUUCUUUCCCAUAGAAGCUAGCGCGACCAUGUCAUCGUUGCUCUCGGCGUCAUGUCUACCGGCGCUCCCGCGGAGGCUGGCACCGCUGAUCGGCACCGUGUUCCGCAGCUCAUCCUCACAGAAGCAGCCCGUGGACCUACCGGACUUCAACACGGAUGUAGACGUGCACACCCACCGCCUGAAGCGGCCCGAGCGCCCGCCGCCCUCCCCAGCACGUCGGUGGGUCGGACUGGAGGGUCUUCGUGAGAGGACCGAGGGGUCCCUGAUUCCAGACACACUACAGGAGAUGGAGAAGGAUGAACAGUUUAAGAUCACAGCAGAGAACCUGAGGAAACUGGGUCAGGUCAAACUCACCAGAGAGGAGAGGAAGAAAAGACAGAGGGCGCUGAGGAAGCUCGGGAUUCCCAACUUCCGGGAGUUCUUACUGAAAAACCUGAAGGAGAAUCCACAGGAGGGAUUGGAAGAUAAGCACCAGUCCCUGAAGAAACAGCCCAUUGAGAUUCUGCAGCUGAACAUCGGGCUGUACUGUAACCAGGCCUGUAACCACUGCCAUGUGGAGUCCUCACCCAAGAGGACGGAGAUGAUGAGUCGUGAAGUGGCCGACAAGUGUCUGGAGAUCCUGGCCACGAGUCCCUCUAUCCACACACUGGAUAUCACAGGAGGGGCCCCAGAGCUGAACCCGCAGUUCCGUUACCUGGCAGCAGGGGGCAGUGCUCUGGGUAAGAAGGUCCUGGACAGAUGUAACCUUACAGUGCUGCUGGAGCCUGGACAGGAGGACCUGCCUGACUUCCUAACCCAGCACCGUGUCAGUGUGGUGGCUUCUCUACCCUGCUAUAGUGCGAAGAAUGUGAACAUGCAGCGCGGGAAGGGGGUGUUUGACAAGAGUAUCCAGGCCCUGCUUCUGUUGAAUGAGCGAGGGUACGGGAAACCUGGCACGGGUCUGGAACUGGACCUGGUCUACAACCCUCUGGGAGGCUUCCUCCCCCCUCCACAGCGCGAGCUUGAGGACAAGUAUCGUCAGGAAUUGUGGGAUACCUUCGGGAUUGAGUUCAACAAACUGUACACGGUCACCAACAUGCCAAUCAAGAGGUUUGCUGACUUUCUAUACAGAAGGAAUGAACUUCAGGACUACAUGAACCUGUUAGUGCGGAACUUCAACCCCAUGUCAGUGAAGGGCCUGAUGUGUCGUAACCUCCUGAGUGUGAACUGGGACGGACGGGUGUACGACUGCGACUUUAACCAGCAGCUGGAUCUGGCUAUUCCCAGGACGAGGCUAGGUUUAUCUGCAAAGCAGCCAGCUAAAGAAGAACCUCCUACUGUACACCCUGACCUGAAGUUUAAGGGACUGUCAGUUUGGGACAUCGCAAGCACAGACGACCUCUUGGGGUCAAGGGUCGCAACGGACAACCACUGCUACGGCUGUACGGCAGGGAUGGGGUCCAGCUGACAGGGGAGCACCGUCUCCUAGAGGGGACGCAACAUUUAUCUUUCCAGGGGCUGUAACUUCUUAGAGCAAGGAUACAUUCACCAACCAUUUUUGGCAUUGCCUCAGGGGUGGCCUUGACAUCAGUGUUAGCAUGAUGUAUUCUUUUGGAAGGGGAAUGUAUUUUUGCUCAAUGUACCUUUGACCCAGGGAUGACAUGUCUUUCUUAAACUUCUACUAGGAGGAUAGAUAUUGAUAGUUGGGUCAAGGUUAAGGGAGUUCCUCUGGAGAUGUAAAGCGAGAAAGUAAUAAGAUGGUUAAAGGUUGAUGUACUGUCAUUCUGUUAUUUUUGCGGAUUCUCAGUACAUGUAUUUGAGUGUUAACUGAAGGUAUUAUAUCCAAUGAGAAAUUGUACUGUACUAAUGGAACAGAUGUUUUGAAACAUUAUUGUACCUGUUAAUUUGAAUACAGAUUGACUGAUUG